CCAUGAUGUAAUUGCUACCAGCUACGUCAUCAUGGGUCCUAGCCUCUGCGCAAACUUCAGACCCUUAAUAAAGAGGGGAGAAGACACACUCACCCAACAACAAACACAAUCAAUUGCCACUUCUCACUUCAAACUACAUUUGACAAACCUUCUACUUCUUCCCAUUUCCACCAACACACAUACAACAUGUCUGGAACUUCCAACGUCGGUAACAGUGCGGUCUACGAGUCCCAGGACCAGGUCACCAGGUCCAACGCCGAGAUCGAGCAGGAGAAGAAGGAGAACCGCUUCCACGAGGGCAAGGACAACUCUCACAAGGCUCAGGACUCCAAGGAUGAGCGAUCCAUCGCCAACAAGCUUGAGCGCGAGGAGAAGCGUGAGAAGGAGGGUGAGGAGAAGUCUCUCGAGGACCGUCAGCGCGAGCAAGAUGCUACCCUUCCCGCACGCGCACACGGCAACGAGCCCUCCAAGGGAGCCAAGAUCGACCAGGAGCUGAGGGAAGAAGACGAGGCUAUGCUUAAGAAGAAGGGCGCCAACUAAAGUCGUUGUGAUGAAUGACGAUUUCGAUACCCCGCACACAUACUCAGCGUGUUAGGAGAUGGAGGAGGAAUAUAAUGACUUGGAUUGACGAUAAAACGUCUCCAUGAAGCCCGCCUGAGACAUGGCAAAGGCAUGAAUGAAAUAAUUUCAACUCAACAUGUGUUCCCAACAGUGUGUGAUUGUGCGAUGGUUGGAACCAGGUCACCGAUGCUUGACGCGAGAGCUCUCCACAUUGUCGUGCUUACCCCUCGGUGCUUGACUCGUGCGGC